AAGUUCAUAACUUUUUACCUUAAAAAUUUACUUUUUUAAUUUUUUUAUAAUUUUCUUUUUAUUAUUAAACUUUGAGUACAAACUGAAUCAACGUUUUGUAUCAAUCAUGUCUAAUAGUACUGAAUUUAAUUCAAAUGAGUGGAUUGAUUGGAUUGAAGAAGCUAUUGCAAAAAAGCACAUUAAAUAUUACGAUUACAAACAUUUUAAUAAUAUUCAAGAAAUUGGUUCUGGAGGUUUUGGAAAAGUAUAUCGUGCUAACUGGAAAAGUUUGCGUAAUCAUUUAGCAUUAAAAUCUUUCUUUAAUUUCAAUAACAUUACAGUUAAAGAAAUUGUUAAUGAACUUAAUCUUCAGCGCGAAGUAGAUUUUCAUGAAAACAUUCUUCGUUUUUGUGGCAUUACAACAGCAAACCAAGAUGAUAAUUCAAAAAAAUAUUUACUGGUUAUGGAAUAUGCCGAUAGUGGUACUCUCCGAAAUUAUUUAAGUGAACAUUUUGAUAGUCUCACUUGGAAAAAUAAAUUGGAUCUAGCAUUUCAAUUAGCUAAUGCCAUAUCAUGCUUACAUGAUGAAGGUAUUGUUCAUCGUGAUUUGCACUCAAAUAAUAUAUUAGUUCAUAAGAAUACCAUUAAAUUAGCAGAUUUUGGUUUGUCAAAAAGGAUUGAAGAAUCAUCCAAUAUUCAACAAAAUUUAUUUGGAAGGAUUGCUUAUAUUGAUCCACAAGCAUAUAAUAGAAAAAGGGAUAGUAAUAAUAAAAUACAAGUAUAUUCAUUAAAUAAAAAGAGUGACAUCUACAGUAUCGGCAUACUCUUGUGGGAAAUUUCUAGUGGUCGGCCACCUUUUCAUAAUGAUCCACAUCCAUGUGAUGUUGGUUUGGCUAUGGAAAUUGUACGAGGUCUUAGAGAAAAUCCUAUACUUAAUACACCUGUAGAUUACAUAAAAAUAUACACUGAUUGCUGGAAUUAUGAACCAGAUAAUCGUCCAACUGUCAACCAUGUUAUUGCAAAAUUAGAUAAAAUUAUUCAAAAAGAAAAUGUUCAAUUAUCAAGUGAACAGAAGAAUAAUGUUGAAGUUCCCAAAAAUAUUAUUGAUAAUUCAUUACAUGGAGAAAUGUCCCAAUUUAUUGAAAAUUUUAAUAAUAUGAGUACAGAAGAAAUAGAACCUUUAAUCUCAUCAAGUAAUAACUUUAACAUAAUGGUUAAUGAAAUAAUACUUCAUCUUGAAAAUACAGAAAUGAUAAGAAAAAAACAUGAAGUCAUUAAUUAUCUUAAUAAUCAUAAUAAAACUCCACAAGAAUUUUAUGCUUGGUUAUUAAAUAAUCAAAAUGAUUCAAAUUCUACCUUUUUACUUGGAGUAUUUAAUCAUUUUGGAAUUGAAGUCAAUGUUGACGAACAAAAAGCAUUUGAAUUAUAUCAAAAUGUGGCAAACUCUGGAAAUGUAUUUGGAAUAACUAGUUUAGGAUAUUGUUAUGUUAUAGGAAUUGGAAUCAGUGUUGACCAGCAAAAGGCAUUUGAACUAUAUCAAGAAGCUGCAAAUUUAGGAAAUCCACGUGGAAUAUUUAGUUUAGGAUAUUGUUAUGAUAAUGGAAUUGGAACUAAUAUUGAUAAACAAAAAUCAUUUGAAUUAUAUCAAAAGGCUGCAAAUUUAGGAGAUUCAUCUGGAAUAUUUAGUUUAGGACAUUGUUAUGAUAAUGGAAUUGGAACUAAUAUUGAUAAACAAAAGGCAUUUGAAUUAUAUCAAAAGGCUGCAAAUUUAGGAGAUUCGUCUGGAAUAUUUAGGUUAGGAUAUUGUUAUGAUAAUGGAAUUGGAACUAAUAUUAAUAAACAAAAGGCAUUUGAAUUAUAUCAAAAGGCUGCAAAUUUAGGAAAUUCAGGUGGAAUAUAUAAUUUAGGAUGUUGUUAUAAAAAAGGAAUUGGAACUGAUAUUGAUAAACAAAAAGCAUUUGAAUUAUAUCAAGAAUCUGCAAAUUUUGGUAAUAGUUCAGCUCAAUAUAAUCUUGCUUUAAUGUAUGAAAAUGGAGAAGGGAUUAAGAAGGAUAUAAAUCAAGCAACUUAUUGGUAUAAUAAGUCUGCUGAGCAAGGAGAUCAAGGUGCCCAAAACAAAUUAAAUAAAUUAAAUAAACGCAAAUGGAAAAUUUUUGUAUAA